AUGGCCUCUCACCACAUGAUCACAGUCCAGCCCCACUUCUCAGCUGCCCCACGGGCAGGCGAGUGGCAGACGGGGCUGCUGGACUGCUGCUCUGACUUCAGCGUGUGUAUUUGUGGAGCCUUCUGCUUCGGCUGCCUGGGGUGCCAAGUGGCCGGGGCCAUGGACGAGUUCUGCCUGUGCAGCCCCAGCGUGGCCAUAAGGACGCUUUACCACACCAGAUACAACAUCCCGGGCUCCAUUCUGGGUGACUUCAUCUCUCUUGUGUGCUGCCCCAUGUGCGCGCUCUGCCAGCUGAAGAGAGACAUCAACCGGAGGAAGGAGCUGGGUGUAUUCUGGUAA